GUGAAAGUUGACUUGAGGGCCGGUUGGGUGUUACCUUCUAAAAGUUUGGACUUGAGAGUGUCAGUGCAAAGACUUCACGAAACGAAAGUUGACUUGUGACCAGUCUUGGUUUCUGCUUCUAAAGGUUCGGACUUCAGCGUGUCAGCGCAAAUACUUCACGAUGUCUUACUCGGUGGUUUUCUUUGAUCUGGAGACAACUGGACUGAACACCAGUGGGUGUGACAUCAUCCAGAUAGCAGCCGUCAGUGGCAACCAAACCUUCAACGCCUACACCGUCCCCCGCUGCAAUAUCAGCAAGAAGGCCAGAAAGGUCCAUGGGUUGUCCGUGGACAACGGCGCUUUGUUCCACCGCGGGUUUUUUAAGCCCACCUUCGAACUGUACUACGCUCUCGACUCUUUCAUAAACUUCCUGGGCUGCUUCCGUAGGCCUGUGUACCUGGCUGCCCACAACGCCAAACGGUUUGACGCCCCCGUGCUCACCAGGCUGCUGGAGGAGUUUUUCCUCCUGGAGAACUUCUGGGGCGAGGUCGACAGUUUUCUGGACACCUUACUGCUGAGUAAGAUGCUCUACCCAGGAUUGGAAAGCUACUCCCAACAGUCCUUGGUGGACGUCUUCCUGGACCAGACAUACAACGCCCAUGAUGCCCUGGAAGACGCCAAGAUGCUACAGGAGCUCUAUUACAAUUGGCAGCCACACAGAAAUGACGUGUGGAAUGCCCUGAUAUAGUGUAGAGGAAAGAAUAGAAGCCAUACAGGUGACCUACAGGUGACCUACUUACUUACUUCUACUACUAUCUAUCUAUUACUUCUAUUAGAUUUAUUCCACUGUGGAAAGUAAUUUUGAUGUUCAUCAGCAAACUGUGCUGAGUCAUUCAAAAUUGUAAUUUUGAAAAUGCAUUUAGAUUAAAAUCUAUAGAUUUUA